GUUUUUGUGCAAAAUCAAGUAAAUAACCACAUUGCUUUAUUGUGAACGAAAAGCACAAUGUCAUGUCAUUCUAUUCCUCAAUAUUCCUUUUAUCUAUUUACCAUUCCUGCUAUUUUUAGUUUAUCGUUGAAAAAUUGUACUAGUGUGCCUUCUAAGUUAGUAAACGUCUCCAUGGCUGAAACAGAUCCAUUCUUACCCGCCGUCGCAACGUGGUACGGCGAUCCCGCCGGAGCUGGCAGUGACGGUGGAGCCUGUGGAUAUGGCAACGACGUAAGAAAUCCUCCAUUUUCUGCAAUGGUAUCAGCUGGAAAUAGCAAUCUUUUUAAAGGAGGAAAAGGUUGUGGAGCCUGCUAUCAGGUAAUAUGCAAAGAGAAUGUAGAUUGUUCUGAGGUUCCAAUUACAGUGACAAUCACAGAUGAGUGCCCAGGCACUUGCGGCGACGGUGCUCCUUUUCAUUUUGAUUUAAGUGGAACUGCUUUUGGUGCCUUAGCUAAGCCUGGCCAAGCUGAUUUAUUUUGUGGAGCUGGAAUUAUCAAUAUUGGAUAUAAACGAGUUGCUUGCAAUUAUCCACAAACAACAGUGACAUUCAAGAUCGACCCUGGCUCUAAUCCUAGCUAUUUUAGCUGUGUGAUUGAGUUUGAAAAUGGAGACGGAGAUCUUGAUUUAGUAGAGCUUCGAGCCUCUGGCUCAGAUCAAUGGCUUCCAAUGAAACAAUCGUGGGGAGCAAAUUGGAAAAUCGACUUAGUACCCCCACAAGCAAUUGCUCCAUUUUCCAUUAGGUUGACUACUUUGGAUUCCAAGAAGACUCUUGUUGCUGAAAAUGUGAUUCCAGUGGAUUGGGCCCCUGGCAAAUCCUAUCGUUCACUCGUCAACUUUUAACAAAAUCACCACCAAAGUCUAUAGUUUAGUAGUAUUGGUGAAAGUUUAUUACGUAUAUAAUAAGUGCGGGUAAAAGUCUUACUGUCUUUUCCAUUCCCUGCCCCAAUGUAACUUAAAACUUAAAAGAGACAAACUCUUUUUUUCAUUUUUAUUUAUCUAUUUAUGAAUAAAAGCUUCAAAUUUGUCGUUGAACAAACAA